AUGCCACAAACAUGGGAAAGGAAUGUGUUAUUUACUGAAAGCAAAGAAAACAUCCUUUGUCGCACAUUUCCUUUGGCUGAACGUUUGUUUGCCAGUCAUGGGGAUCUUGGUCUUCUACAAGUUUUGUGGCAUCCGGGAAGUGCUGAAGACAAUCAUAUUGCAUUUCUUACAUCAGACAACAUCAUUCGAAUUCAUAAUAUCUAUGAACCUGAAAAAAUGAUGCAGAUCAUCUCCCUUGGCCAAAUUGACAACAGCAGAGGUCUGUCAGCAAUGCACCCUUCUCUCUAUUCUGUUUUUGGAGAUAGUGCUGUCAGCUUUGACUUUGGAACACCUGUUCAUGUUCCUUCAAAACUUAAGUCUGCUCGAACUAAAAAUUCUUUGGCAUGGCCCAUUUUUAUCCUGCAAGGAAAUGGGGAAAUUCUGAUACUUUACUCAGAUAUCACUUCAAAAAACCCAAAGUGCUACCCUGUAAUGGGACCCCUAUUGGUCCACCCCCCUGCUGAAGACAACUAUGGAACUGAUGCUUGCUCAAUUCUUUGCCUACAAACCACUCCACCUGUUAUUGUUAUGGCUACCUGUGAAGGCAAGCUCCACCAUUGUAUUGUGCUAAAUGAAAACAACAAUACAGAACCAACAAGUCCAAGUGCUUCAGAAUUAGCUAGUAGUUCUCAUUUAAUGAGUUUACAAGAAGAAAGAAGUAUGACUUCCAUUGCUAGUGAAAUCUAUGAGCAAAAGUCUUUGUUUGUAUACGAAAGUGUUGAGCUGGAGUUAUCAUUGGCUAGUCUCCCUCAAAUGAACAGCAACAAUGAUCCACCAGAAGAAGAUGAAUACACAUGUCCCAUUCAUCUUGAGCAAGCCACUAAAGAAAACGUAAAUCCUAACAUACCUCUCUCUCUCUCUCUCUCUCCCUCUCUUAUUGAUUUUUUUUUUUACUUUUAUUUCUUUUGA